UUCCAGAUCAUCGUGAACUUCACGCUUCCUCCUAUCUUCAAAAUAAAAAAAAAAGAAUCCCCAAAUCAAAAUCUCUCACAAGAACUCCAGAAUUAGGGUUUCUAAUUAAACCCUAAAUUCCCUACGAAUUCGAACAAUUGAGUUAGGUUUUUCAUGAUCAGGUUCAAUUCGAAGAAUUCGAUUCGAAAAAUCCAAUCUUGAAUCAAUGGAUUUGGACUAUAACGGAGGCAACACCACCAACACAAACAAGCGAGUUUUUCACAGAUUAGGAGGCGGGAAAUCAGUGAACGACACGUCAAAUCAGCAUAACCAUCAGCAUCAGCAGAAUCAGAAGGUCUGUUACCACUGGAGAGCUGGAAAGUGCAAUAGAUUCCCAUGUCCAUUUCUCCACCGUGAACUUCCAGCACCGCCGCCGCAUGCGUCUGUGAACGGGGGAGGAGGAGGAGGAGGAGGAGCGAAGAGAGGGUUUGCGGGAAAUGAUUCGUCCUCGUUUUCAGGGAGGAGGGGUGGUAAUAGUAAUUAUAGUAAUAGUUGGGGGCGAUUUGGAAAUAAAGGUGAUGUUAGAGGGGUGAAAAGGGUAAGUGUGGAGAAAGUGUGUAAUUUUUGGGUACAAGGGAAUUGUAGUUUUGGUGAUAAGUGUAGGUAUUUGCAUUCUUGGAGUUUAGGUGAUGGGUUUUCUUUGGUGACUCAACUUGAAGGGCAUCAAAAGGUGAUUAGUGGGAUUGCAUUACCAUCUGGGUCUGAUAAGCUGUAUACAGGGAGUAAAGAUGAGACUGUUAGAGUUUGGGAUUGCCAGUCUGGACAGUGUACGGGUGUGGUUAAUCUUGGUGGUGAGGUUGGUUGCAUGAUUAGUGAAGGUCCUUGGAUUUUUGUUGGCCUUCCAAAUGUUGUCAAGGCGUGGAAUACACAAACUAACGCUGACCUAAGUCUUAAUGGGCCUAUUGGACAAGUGUAUGCUCUGGUUGUGGGCAAUGAUUUGUUAUUUGCUGGUACGCAGGAUGGGUCAAUAUUGGUAUGGAAAUUCAAUGCAGCUACCUACAACUUUGAACCAGCUGUAUCACUAAAGGAUCACAAAAUGGCCGUUGUUUCAUUAGUUGUCGGAGCUAAUAGACUCUACUCUGGCUCUAUGGACCAUUCUAUAAAAGUCUGGAGCCUUGAAACUUUGCAAUGUAUACAGACGCUGACAGAUCAUACUUCAGUGGUCAUGUCGCUACUAUGCUGGGAACAGUUUCUUCUAUCAUGCUCGUUGGACCAAACAAUAAAGGUGUGGGCUGCUACAGAAAGUGGAAACUUAGAAGUAACAUUCACUCACAACGAAGAACAUGGCCUGCUUACCCUUUGUGGGAUGCAUGAUCCGGAAGGCAAGCCAGUCUUGCUAUGCUCCAGUAAUGACAAUUCAGUCCACCUCUAUGAUUUACCAUCGUUCUCGGAAAAGGGCAAAAUGUUUGCCAAACAAGAGAUCCGUGCCAUUCAAACUGGUCCUGGGGGCCUAUUUUUCACUGGCGAUGGCACUGGUCAAGUGAGAGUGUGGAAUUCUGUCGCUGUACCAACUACCACAACUUGAUGGCCACUUCUAUUUUUAUGUGUCAUCAUGCAUUUUUCCUUCUCUAUAAUUUAAUUUUAACCUUUUCUUUUACUGGGUUCUCAUGUGAUGUAAGUUUGCGGGAGGAAUAAAUUAAGAAGAGAUUGCUAGUUUUGGGUUCCUUCUGUUAUAGAGUGCCAUAGUUAUAGAAAGAAGAAACACGUUGCUGAUAUCCAAGUCAUACUGUAGUUCAUAGCAUUUGCUGCGUUUCGAUCAUUGUAUGUCAAUUGAGUUCCAAAAUAAUUUGGAAAGAGUUCCUUA